UCGGCAAUUUCGCAGGCAGAGGCAGCUUCCCCGUUCCCACUGCGCCCCCCUUCUCUCACUGCUGCUCUCUGCUCCGCUCCCAGCUCCAAAACCCUAACCCCGCGAGGCAGCCCCGCAGCUGGGAGCGGGUCCAGGAGCUCACCGCCGAGCCGCCGCUACACUCCGCCUCGUCCGCCCCGCCGGUUGCUGAUGCGGAUCAAAGCAUGAGCACCACUCCUGUUUCAAGUUUCAGGGGGCCAGCCACUUUUCAAUUGCAGCCCCAGUCUAGCAAUAGUGCUGAAAUUUUAGCAAAUAUGGAUGGAUUCGGUGCAAGAGAUUUUUCAGUUGACCCAAGCACAUUUUGUUUUACACAAGAUGCUAAUCAGGAAUUUUAUAAUCGAGCUUUACAGCACAGUUAUUCAGUUUCAAAGCAGGGAUUUGACCAAGGUCUGCUAGCCAGUGCACCAGAGUUUGGUCUGAAUGAUGAUUCUGCUGCACUGGGGGGAUAUCAACAAUUUGACAACUUUUGGGGGCCUCGUCAGCCUGGAGAGUAUGAAGGAAUGCAAAUGCAAAAUAUCAAUGCAAAUAUCGCCCACCGGCGCAGACCUUCUAAUGCAUCCUGUAUUGAUCAUACAGAAGAAAUAACUUCCUAUGACAAUGAUGACAGAGCUAUCUCAUUUGGAAGUAGUUGUAGCACGGGAAUUGCAAGUUGUCCAUAUAAUACUCCUUUGCAAAGCAAUAAUCACAUUUCGGACACACGGGAUGGGACUUGGGAUGCUCUUAUGCAAAUGCGAGAGGCUUUGGGAGCAUCUAACAGUGAUAAUGGACUCAAUGAAGAGUGCAGUGACUUGACUUUCAAUCAUGCAGAACUUUCAGGUGGAAAUACCAUGAAGCAUCAAGUUGCUUGGGACAAUGGUUCUCUGACAAGCCCAUCUUUCACCUCAAAUUUUUUGCCCUACCCUGGUGAUUCUGAGACCACUCUCACAAAUACCUCCACUGUCUGUAGCUUUCAGAACAUUUCUGAUUUCCAACAUAAUAUGAAUAACAACGAGCAAAACAUAUCAUCUUUUGAGCUUGAACUGCCCCAUCAGAAAACGUCCACUGAAAGCCAUAUUUAUGAAAGCCGAGGUGAAAUGUAUCCUGCUGAAAAUGCUGGUCAUGUAGAUUCUUCUGGUUUUAUGCCAAGCACCGAGUACAGACAAAAUGAUAGAUCACAUCAACUGUCGAGUUCAUUUGUAAAUAGUGCAGAUGGAUCCGUGGAUGAUAGCUCAAAAAAGUCACACCUCCUAUAUGAAUGUGAAGAGCAAAUGGAAAUUGAUUCACUUCUAAAUUCAUUUGGUGUUUCAACUGAUAACCUUUCACAAACAUAUGGCAUGUUCCAGCAAAGUGACAAUUUGAUUGAAUUUGAUGCAACGAUCAAAUUAGAGGAAAGUGGUUCUGCUGCUUGCUUUAGCAAUACUGCCGCAUACAUGCAAACUGGCCCCCUGGAGUCAGCUAUAUCUGACGGAACAUCUUAUCCUGAACAGUGUCAAUCUACUUCUCAAACGUGUGGUUUAUUUUAUGAUUCAGCAUCACAGUGGCAAAAUUUUUCGAGUUCUGGAUUGCCUUUAUUGGGUGGUGACAAAAGCAUUAGUGAGCCCAGUUCUAUAAUUAACCUUGGGGGAAAUGGUAAAGGUCAUCUGCUGCCCGCAAGCGACAAUGCUUUAGUACAGCAACAACAGAGUGUUGCUAGUGAUACUAGAUUGGGAAUGACCGACAAUGUUGUUAAUUCCUAUCUAGAGUUCACUACAAGCUUGGAUGACCAAUCUUGUCCAAUAGGGGCUUCCAUAUGUCAUGAAGAAAUGGCAGACAAAGUCGUACAGGCAGCACAACCGGAAAUGGUUGUAAAUUGCCCCUUUGGGGUACGUGCUUCAAACCAUGAUGGACAUUCAGAUAUGCAGCUACCCAUUACACAGCCUUCUCAUGUUCAAGGGACUGCCCUGAGUUUGUCCAAGGACCCCAACUUAUCAUGUAUUGAAGGAACAGAGUGUAAGAAUAGUGAGCUAACAGCAACAUACAAUACUACCCAUAAUCACCUGGGGCUUAAUAAAUUUGAAUGCCAUGGCAUCCUCCACUCCAAGUCUUUUGAACAAAAAGCUCCUGAGAAUAUAAAAAUGGAUGAUUAUAGCCAGAUUGUUGGUCUUCAGCAGAGUACCAUUCUCUCAGCAAGCAAACCUUCUCACUCAGAUGUUUUGCCCGUUGGCAAAUUUGAUGGGAAGGUUGUUUCACAGCAGAAAAAGCGGAAAAGGGCAACAGAAAAUCUUUUAGCAUGGCAUGCACAAGUCAUUGGGUGUGGGAGCAUGUGUCAUAGAAGAACAUCGGAGUUGGAUUGGGCUCGUGCUACUAAAAGAUUGGUUGAGAAGGUAGAUAAUGGGAAUGCAGCAACAAUGGAAAGAAGCAGCUUUGGGACUCGAGCUCGGAAAAGACUUAUUCUGACCACUAGCUUGAUUCAGUACAUUCUUCCUGUUGUGCCAGCUAGGCUGCUUGCAACAGACGUGACUAAUUCUGGUGAAAGCACUGUAUACCACCUUUCAAAACUAGCACUCAGUGAAGCAUGUGACACCGUUCUAUCUUUUGUGAAUGAUGACACGCUACUUAACCAGACCAGCACUUCUGGGAAGGAAGACUCUAAAGUCCUACCGAAAGUUCUGGAAACCUUCAAGUCGCGGUUUGGCAAGCUGGAAAGUUACUUAUCAGGCGCUGAGAAGGCAACCACGUUACAUGAUCUGGCUUCUGAGCUACAGGACUUGGAGCGGUGGCAUAUUCUCCAUCGUCUUGCAAGGUCGCACGGAUACACUCAAAGGCGUGGGGGCGAUACCUCUAAUUCAGGGCUCGUCCCCUACACAACAACUAUCAAGAAACAUGACGGCGCCGCUGCAGCAUCAGUAAACUCGCUGAGUAGCAUCAAGUGUCGCUUACUGAACUAGAGUGAUUCAGUGACUAUUAACUAGUCUUUCCAUGUUUUGCCCAGUUUUCAGCAGCCGCGCAUCGCCGCAGUGCUGGGCUGCGUAGGAAUAUAACCAUAGAAUGUACUGCCGUCCCUGUUGCCUUAGGAAAAAGUUAGAUGCAACUUGUGGAUUGAAACGUAGGAGUAUGGUGUUGUGAUGUAAUUUAUCUCCGGUUCUGUGAUGAGAUGUAGGAGCACGGUUGAUGUCGUCAUUUUGCAAAUGUAGCUAUGACAUGUUUGCUAAAGAGGCUAAUGCUACUCCUGGGGUCGCUAGUUGUCUGUAACUCACAGAUGUCAAUGUUCUUUCGGUUUCGUUGUUAGAUUAGAUGAUUAUGCUCGUGGACUUCGUGACACAUUUUGGGGUGGUGCGGAUGUGGGACCACCUGUAUCUGGACGGUCCGUGGAUCCCUGUGUGGUGCAGGGGAGCUUCUUUCUGGGCUCACCUUUGGAGUAGAGGCUCAAAACUGUUAAAGUGGAACAGAAGUUUGGAUGAAGCUGCUUCAGAAUA